CAGAAAUUAGUUACAUAUACAAAUCACAAGACCUAAUUAAUUAAUUAUUACUGGAAAUUAAGUAUCGAAUUUCUUUAAAACUAUUUAUAUCCAUUUUCCACUAAAAUAUUUUCAAAAAACCGGUUAAACCCGCUAGGGUACCCUUCUCCUGCCAAAACUAAAUGCAGUAAAUGCUUUAACGUUUUAGCAUCCGUCGAGUAAACACGCGAUUUCUAGAUUACCAACUAUUUACGUAUCUUUCCAAACUUAUUUUUGUUUUUUUUUAAAUAAAUAUAGCUUACAAAAGUUUAAAAAAAGCACUCGUCCUUUGCGCACCGGGAUAAUGCCCUCAAACAUACGAUUCGUGUUAUCAAGUGCUUCAAAGUUGUUUUCGCGGUCUGCCGUUGAAGCAACCAACGGUUCGUUUUCCCUAAUUAGCGCCAGUUCUAUUCGGAAAUUUAGUGUGACCGCAAGCAGGAACAUGCAUUUUGUACAAUUCCAGUUGAAAUCGAGAGGCCCCCAACAUCUGGGCGCCCAGUUGGAGCCGAAUGGUGACAUUUUUGACAUAAGUGCGGUGGAUUCCUCCAUCCCCAAUUCGUUGGUGGAAUGUUUGGCGACCGGAGAGAGUGUUAUUGAGAAAACAAAAAGAAUAAUAGCAGCGAACAGGGCAAUAGUACCGCUAUCGAACGUAAAGCUCCUUCCCCCGGUAAUCAAACCCAGCAAAGUAAUAUGCAUAGGAUACAAUUAUGCUGGACACUGCGCCGAAUUGAAAAUUCCUCCUCCCACAGAACCUGUAUUCUUCAACAAGUUCGCCUCUUGUAUCAUCGGUCCAUAUGACGAUAUCAAACUUCCAGAAAUGAGCGAGAAGGUAGAUUGGGAGGUAGAACUAGCUGUUGUGAUUGGGAAAAAGGCAAAAUGCGUGAGGAAAGACCAGGUCGGUCCAUAUAUUUUUGGUUACACUGUAGCUCAAGAUGUUAGCGCUAGAGACUGGUUGACAAGUGAGGCUAAUGGGGGGCAAUUUUUAUUAGGGAAGUGUAUGGAUACGUUCUGUCCCUUGGGCCCGUCUGUAGUAGAUAGAGAUAGCGUAGGCGACGUCAACAACUUAAACAUAAAGUCAACUUUAAACGGGGAAUUGCAACAAAGCGGUAACACAUCGGAGUUUAUCUGCAAGAUAGAUUUUAUAGUGUCUUAUUUGUCACAUAUCUUCACACUACAACCUGGUGACAUUAUUUUGACUGGUACACCGACCGGAGUGGGUCUUCAUAAGAAACCACCGCGAUUUUUGCAAAGAGGCGAUGUUCUAGAAAGUGAAAUUGAGGGCGUCGGUAAAAUACGUAAUUCUGUGAUUUAAACUGGCAGCAAACCUAAUUGUUUAAUUCUUGACCACGUGCAACUAUCCAAUAAUAAUAGCAGCUGGAAAGUCAGUGGUAUCAGUAAAUGACGUUAACCUUCUUGCACCAAUCUCGAAACCAGAUAAAGUGGUAUGCAUAGCACGUAAUUACACAGGACAUUGCCAGGAGCAGAACCUCCCUGCUCCCACGGAG